CUCUUUCCUCUCUGACUGCGCAGUCCCUCUCUCCAUCCUCUCAGUGCUUCUCUUGGGGAGACUUUCCACAAAACGAUUGCAGUUUCUUUCCAAAAACAAAUUUAGUUUUAAUUUCUUUUUCGAAGCGUCGGCUUCCAGUCUGCAUUUGUUUUAAUGCAUACGCUUCGUAGAUAAACAGUAAUAAAGGAAGGAUGCUUUUUUCUGCAAACUUUGUUCUUUUCUGGCUUUUCCCUUUAUGGGUAGGGUCGGCAGCUCAGGAUGUUUUAAGGAGAGGGGAGAGAGACUGUCCUGUGGACCUUUAUUUUGUCCUGGAUACAUCUGAGAGCAUUGCACUGAGGGCCUCCCACCCAGACUACUACAUCAGCCAGAUCAAAGACUUCACUAUACAGUUCAUCAAUGGGCUGAAAAGCAUUCGCCAGCCAUGUGACCGUGACCUGCAGUGGAAUGCCGGGGUGCUGCACUACAGCGAUGAGGUGGAGGUCAUCCAGGAGCUGGCAGACGUGACUCAGCAUCGAGCCGAGAUGACCAAAAACGUGAACGCCAUCUCCUACUUCGGCAAGGGCACCUACACCGACUGCGCCAUGAAGGAGGGUAUCAGCCAGUUGCUUAGCGGAGGCUCUACCAGCCACGAGAUGAAGUACAUGAUCGUAGUGACAGACGGACACCCCAUGGACGGGUACAAGGAGCCCUGCGGGGGUCUUCAGGAUGCCGCUAACGAGGCGCGACACAUGGGCAUCAAAGUGUUCUCCGUGGCCAUCAUCCCCAGCGAAGCGGACAAGAGACUGUUGACGAUCGCCACAAGCCCACAGUACAGACAGGACUUCUUGGCAGCGGACACCACAGAACAAAACCGGAGGCGGGUCAUCAGCGACAUCAUGAAAAUGAUUAGAAAUGACACCGAGGACAUGUGCUGCACUGCCGAAUGUCAUGCUGAAAGUGGUCCUCCUGGGCCUGAUGGAGAUGUUGGACCCAAGGGUGAGAUUGGCAGGCCUGGGAUUCCAGGAAAUAAAGGAGAAAAUGGUCCUGUGGGACGUCCAGGUGACCCAGGACCUGCAGGUUACCAGGGGAUGAAGGGUGACAAAGGAAUCAAGGGUAACAUGGGAACUCGGGGUUUCAAAGGAUUCAAGGGAGACAAAGGACGCCCUGGGCUCGAUGGUGUAGAUGGGCUUAAGGGUGAAGCUGGAUUAUCGGGGUUGUCGGGCUGCAAAGGAGAGCAAGGCGGUGAUGGAUUGCCAGGAGAACCGGGUCCGAAAGGAGACCCUGGACCGUCUGGUACCAGAGGAGUUAAAGGAGAUCCAGGAGAAGAUGGGGGGCCAGGAAGGCAAGGCCCCAGUGGCCAGCUUGGCAUUAAGGGCAACAGGGGACCGAAGGGCUUCAACGGAGACAAGGGAGAGAGAGGAGAUGAUGGAGCCUCGGGCCGUGAUGGACCCCGCGGGGAGCUGGGUCCAGUAGGAGAGAAUGGCGAGCAGGGAGCCCGUGGAAAUCGGGGGCCGCGUGGAGACGCCGGCGAUUUAGGACCUCGGGGUGAACCCGGUCGGGAGGGCCCCCCUGGCGCUAACGGAGAUCCGGGUGAAAAGGGUCGCCCUGGCACUGCGGGAUACAGAGGAGAUGAAGGUCUGCCCGGAGUUGAGGGACCAAGGGGGCCGCGGGGAAUUAAAGGGUCUCCAGGUGACAGGGGCUUGUCUGGCGCAAAGGGUGAAGUAGGAGAAGUAGGAAAUGGCACCCAGGGCUGCCCUGGCUUCCAGGGUUACCCUGGCCCCAGAGGAGACCCAGGAGAGCCGGGAUCUAAAGGAACUCCAGGACCCAAAGGAGAUGACGGGGAUCCAGGUGACCCCGGCACAGAUAAUAACUUGCCUGGAAAUCCUGGACCUAAAGGAGCAAAAGGGUACAGAGGACCGGAAGGGAAGCCUGGUGGAGCUGGACGAGAGGGACAUCCCGGAAUGGAUGACUGUGAAAUUUUGGAUAUUAUCAGGAAGAUGUGUUCUUGCUGUGAGUGCAAGUGUGGCCCGCUGAGCCUCAUCUUCGUGGUGGACAGCUCGGAGAGCAUCGGCGCACAAAACUUCCUCCUUUCCAAGAAGUUCAUCGUGGCUGUUCUUGAUCGACUGGUGUCAGACCAAAAAAUCAAUUUCGAUGGCAGGGAGUCCGAAGUGGCUGUGGUCCAGUACAGUGGAGACAAGUCCCAGGAGAAGUUGAUUCUCGGCCAAGACAGCGCCACUACCCUCUUGACAUUUAAAGAAGCAGUGAUGAACAUGAAAUGGCUGGCUGAAGCCACGUACACUGGGCAGGCCCUGAAAGUCACCCUGGAUGAAGUCGUCAAGCUGAUGAAGACGAAAGAAGUCAGGGCUGUGGUCCUGACUGAUGGCCGCUCGGAUAUCAGCAGGGAUGACGUCUCGCUUAACGUUCUGUGCAACAGCGGCGUCAAGGUGGACGGCAUAGGUGUUCAGGAUUACUUCGGAAGGGAGCAGAACACAGAGCAGAUGCAGGAGCUGUCGUGUCCCGGAAACGGGAACGCGGAAGCCGGCAGAGAUCCCAUCACAAUCAGUAGCUUCGAAGAACUGCUUCAGGAUGGGUUCUUGCAGAACGUGACGAGAAGUAUAUGUUCAGGAAAGAAGUGCCCGACUUACAAAUGUGAAAUCACCUUCCCGGGAAACACUGACAUCUUGAUGAUGAUGGACAGCUCUGCCAGCGUCGGGUCCAAGAAUUUUGGGAUGACCCAGGAGUUUGUGAAGAGGCUCGCCAAGCAAUUCCUCACGUCGAAGACCGAGCAUCGGGUCCAGGUGUCCGUGGCUCAGUACAGCAAUGAGGCUGCGCCGGUGGUCCCCUUCUCCACAAACUACGCACAGGUGGCCGAACAGAUCGACUCGGCCCAUUACCUUAACGAGGGCACGAAUAUCGAGGCAGCCCUUGGCUUCUCCGUCGAGGCCUUCAAAACCCGCAGCGUAACAAGAAAGAAGCUACUGCUGCUGUCCAACGGACGAUCCCCGAAUAUCGCACAUGCCGGCAUCAAGAGCAGGCUUGCGGAAGUGAAGAGGGCGGGCAUUGAGAUAUUCGUGCUGUCUGCUGGCGAUCUGGUGAACGAACAACUCCUGCGUGACCUGGCCACAGCAGACCAGCGGGGCGUCGCCUCCUAUCACCGACAUCUCUUCAGAGUCACUGACUACCCGGCCUUACUAAAGGGGGUCUUUCACAUGACUGUCUCUAGGAGGAUUUCCCAGGGUUGAGGGCGUAAUACGGGGAUAAAUAGUUGUUAGUUGAGGGACACAACUUUGGGAGUGCGAGUGAGGCAGGGGAGCUGUAAAAAUAGCACGUUAUUUUUUUCCAUUAUAUCGUAAUUUCUGUAGAACGUUCAUAUGUUUUUCUGCUCACAGUGACAGCAGACAUUUAUAAAGUUACAUGAAGACCGGAUGCUAAUAUCUCUGUCAUUAAGGAUGUCAGUGAUGCCGAGAGGUUGCCGUCACAGUUUGGGCGGAUGACAAUACGGUGCUAAUUCACCACACUUUGGUUUAGCUGAGGGUUAGAGAGGGCUGCAUGGUCCAACAGCACAUACCGGUCAUAGAUUCAUUUAGAGAAGAAGAUGAAUUGGGGGUUAAAAUUUCAAUAAAAUGUCAACAAUUGGUUGUUAGCUAUAUAGACUGGUUGUUAAACUACUUAAGUGUUUUAUUUUUUUACUCUGAGAAGAGAUUUUUGGUCACUAAAUAUUGCAGAACUGUAAUCUGUAGCACUAUCAGAAAUGUCAAUAAUGCAUUUUCCUAUUUGCCUGUGGUUUACCCCACAAUUUAAAAGAAGAAUUAGAACACCUUGUAACAUUAAAUUCUGCAUUUUUUGGUAUAUCAAUGGUGCUAAAAUGUACUCUCAGGCUUAAUUUUUUUUUUUUAAGAAAAGACCAAGAAUGAUGCUUUGAAUUGUUCCUCCAGACCUGAAUUCACCACCAGGUGUUUCGUCCGUCGCUCUGCACUUCAUGUAUUGGAUUCAGCAGUGGAGCUGUGGUUGGAUGUUCUAGCAAUAAAGGCUACCUUGUGAAACCUGA